ACCGAAAACACAAGGCUCCAUGCUCCGCAGCCCUGUGACGCCAGGAGAGGCCAAUGCCCCCUCCUCUGCCACUGUCUAGCAUAAGAAGGCAGUCUCUGGGCGACAUUCUUCUCAAGCAGGUGGCCCGUCCGCUGCUGAGCCCUCUGCGUGCGCGGGGAGCCAAUCUGUACCUCGCCGGCUGCCACUGACCAUGACCAUGACCCUUCACACCAAAGCCUCGGGAAUGGCCUUGCUGCACCAGAUCCAAGGGAACGAGCUGGAACCCCUCAACCGCCCGCAGCUCAAGAUGCCCAUGGAGCGGGCCCUGGGCGAGGUGUACAUGGACAACAGCAAACCCACUGUGUUCAACUACCCGGAGGGCGCCGCCUACGAGUUCAACGCCGCCGCCGCUGCCGCCGCCGCCUCGGCGCCUGUCUAUGGCCAGUCGAGCAUCGCCUACGGCCCCGGGUCCGAGGCGGCCGCCUUCGGUGCCAACAGCCUGGGGGGUUUUCCCCAGCUCAACAGCGUGUCGCCCAGCCCGCUGAUGCUGUUGCACCCGCCGCCGCAGCUGUCGCCUUUCCUGCAUCCGCACGGCCAGCAGGUGCCCUACUACCUGGAGAACGAGCCCAGCGCCUACGCCGUGCGCGACACCGGCCCUCCCGCCUUCUACAGGUCCAAUUCUGACAAUCGACGCCAGAAUGGCCGUGAGAGACUGUCCAGCAGUGAGAAGGGAAACAUGAUCAUGGAGUCUGCCAAGGAGACUCGCUACUGUGCUGUGUGCAAUGACUAUGCCUCUGGCUACCAUUACGGGGUCUGGUCCUGUGAAGGCUGCAAGGCUUUCUUUAAGAGAAGCAUUCAAGGACAUAAUGACUACAUGUGUCCAGCUACAAACCAAUGCACCAUUGACAAGAACCGGAGGAAGAGCUGCCAGGCCUGCCGGCUGCGCAAGUGUUACGAAGUGGGCAUGAUGAAAGGUGGGAUCCGGAAAGACCGCCGAGGAGGGAGAAUGCUGAAGCACAAGCGUCAGAGAGAUGAUUUGGAAGGCCGAAAUGAAAUGGGCGCUUCAGGAGACAUGAGGGCCGCCAACCUUUGGCCAAGCCCUCUUGUGAUUAAGCACACUAAGAAGAAUAGCCCUGCCUUGUCCUUGACAGCUGACCAGAUGGUCAGUGCCUUGUUGGAUGCUGAACCACCCAUGAUCUAUUCUGAAUAUGAUCCUUCUAGACCAUUCAGUGAAGCCUCGAUGAUGGGCUUAUUGACCAACCUGGCAGACAGAGAGCUGGUUCAUAUGAUUAACUGGGCAAAGAGAGUGCCAGGCUUUGGGGACUUGAAUCUCCAUGAUCAGGUCCACCUUCUUGAGUGUGCCUGGCUGGAGAUUCUGAUGAUUGGUCUCAUCUGGCGCUCCAUGGAACACCCUGGGAAGCUCCUGUUUGCACCUAACUUGCUCCUGGACAGGAAUCAAGGUAAAUGUGUAGAAGGCAUGGUGGAAAUCUUUGACAUGCUGCUGGCUGCAUCAACUCGGUUCCGCAUGAUGAACGUGCAAGGAGAAGAGUUUGUGUGCCUCAAAUCCAUCAUUUUGCUUAAUUCAGGAGUGUACACAUUUCUGUCCAGCACCUUGAAGUCUCUGGAAGAGAAAGACCACAUCCACCGUGUCCUGGACAAGAUCACAGACACUUUGAUCCACCUGAUGGCCAAAGCUGGCCUGACUCUGCAGCAGCAGCAUCGCCGCCUGGCCCAGCUCCUCCUCAUUCUUUCCCAUAUCCGGCACAUGAGUAACAAAGGUAUGGAGCAUCUCUACAACAUGAAAUGCAAGAACGUCGUGCCCCUCUAUGACCUGCUGCUGGAGAUGCUGGAUGCUCACCGCCUUCAUGCUCCAGCCAGUCGCAUGGGAGUGCCUCCAGAGGAGCCCAGCCAGAGCCAGCUGGCCACCACCAGCUCCACUUCAGCACAUUCCUUACAAACCUACUACAUCCCCCCGGAAGCGGAGGGCUUCCCCAACACGCAACACGUGACUUUAUUAAAGGGAAAUCUUGAGCCCCUACAGGAAUACAUGAUGCACACAGGAAAGGAAGAUUUCCCCCAGUUGUCAAGAGCAUAUCAACUCAAUCCGGUCCACCUUCUGGCUUCUAAAGUGUCAGCUGCUGAGCACUACAUCAUGGGUUCUAGACAAUUCUUACUUCCCAUGACUGGUGGGAACCAGAAAGUCAAUGACAGUCAACACCCUAGAAUGAACUAG